CUGGAGCCCGACAUCGGCACCGAGUUGUUCGGGGUCCGCUAUUCGCUGCCGGUGGGGAUCGCGCCGGUGGGGCUGACGGGGCUGAUAUGGCCCGGCGCGGAUGUCGCGCUGGCCGAGACGGCCGCCCGUUGCAGGCAUCCCCUAUGUGGCCAGCACGGUAAACACCGCCGACGUCUCCGUGGUGGGGCCUCGUGCCGCGGGCAUGGGCUGGUUCCAGCUCUACCCUCCGAGAGACACCGGCGUCCGGAAGACCUGCUGCACCGAGCUCAGCAGGCAGGGUUCACGGUCCUGGUGGUGACUGCCGACGUUCCGGCCCGGGCCCGCCGGGAGCGCCAGACCCGUGAGCGCGUCUCUAUGCCGCCCCGGAUCACGCCCCGCCAUGUGAGCCAGGCUGCGCUCAGGCCGGCGUGGACCCUGGGGCUGCUGCGCACCGGACUGCCCCGGUUCCACACGCUGGAGCCCUACGUGGACCGGUGA